AGUCAAGAAUAAGCCCAGACCUGUUUGAUCUCAAGGCCACCGCACCCCCUCGCUAACCUUGAAGCCGGGAUGUCAACAAAAUCAACCCAAACUUCAGCGUGCAAAGCUGAUAAUCACUGCGACACCACCCAUCGCAACCAUUGCUCGCCCUCCUCGGUAGAUUUCAGUCAGGAGGCGACCACCUUGUGUGAGCCCGAAUCAGGCCAUCGGGUUAACGUUCCACAUGCGGGAAUGGAGGACGAGAGCUACGCGGCUCACAGGGUAGCUCCCAACAAAUCGCAGGAACUGCUGGCCUAUCUGGUCUUCUUCAUCCUUGGUUCUUCUUUCCUACUCCCAUGGAACUCGAUGCUCGUCUCGACCACCUACUUCGGAUCCCGUUUGGCCGGUCAUCGGUUUCAGUUCAACUACAUGAAUUGGAUCACCGUCGUCUUCACCAUCGCCAACGUCGUCUUCAUGUCUCGUGCCACCUCUACCCAGCAGAAUAUCAAACACCCAACUAUUCGCAUCAUUACGUCCUUGUUACUCAUCACCACACUGUCGAUCAUUCUCUUAAUCUCCACCCGAUACAUACUAUUUGAUGCCAGUUGGUUUUUCGGAUUUUUGAUUGUUGUGACACUUGCCGAAGCGUUAGGAUCUUCGUAUUUACAAACCAGCGUCAUUGGGCUUUCGGCAUGGUUUGGGUCGACGUACUUGCAGGCGAUCCUAUCUGGACAAGGGGCGAUUGGGGUGCUAGUUAGCGUGGCUCAACUGUUGGUGAACAUCAAGGAACUCGACUCAUCUUCUGGCCCUUCAAACCCUGGCGAUACCGCAGGACACAUCCGACAGAGCUCAUUUACGUUCUAUGCGCUGUGUACUGGAUUCUCUGUAUUUGCGUUGCUCUGCUUUCUGGUCUUGCUCCGACUACCGAUUUAUAAAUUGGCCAUCCAGCGAAAAUAUUCGGCAAGAAAGUCGCACCAAGCUUCAGCAUCUGAGGACUCAGUCGAACGACCCUUAUUAUCUCCCUCAGUUGACCUAUUGUCAGAAAGCCUAUCUGUUCCUCUCCCUAUUCCAACCGGACCCGAUCUCUUCGUGGUUGAACGAAAAAUCAGGCUCCUGGGCCUGAGUAUCUUUUACAACUUCUUCAUCACCCUGGCAGUGUUUCCCUCGAUCACAGGAUUCAUCGUAUCGUCUAACGACCCAGACCGAGCGCACAUUGGCGCGUUAAUGACUACAUCGAACGGCUCUCGAUUCCUGGACAAUUGGUACAAGCCAACAAUCUUCAUUCCUCUCCACUUUGUCAUCUUCAAUCUCGGCGAUUGGACCGGCAGAAUCUUGCCGCAACUAUUGCCCGGACUCUCUCAACGACUGAUCCAGAAGAAAACUAUCCUGUACUCGUUGAGUGGGAUGCGGACGGUGUUUAUACCUCUGUUUUUGGUCUGCAAUGUCGAUUACAGUUCGAUCGUCUUCUUCAGGAGUGAUUUAGUUUAUUUGAUCAUUUUGGUUUGUUUUUCGGUCUCGAAUGGUUACCUAUCCGCACUCAUCAUGACUGCUGGGGUUAUCGAACCUACCCUAAAACCCAACGAAGUUGACGUGGCAGCAACUUGUUUGUCGUUCUAUCUCACCUCGGGACUGGCAGCCGGUAGCUUGAUCAGUUUUGGCGUCAAAGCAAUCGUCUUCAUUCUAUAAACUUUUGCCUGUCCUUUUUUCAUUCAUUUCUAUGUAUUAGAAGAUAGCAUUUGUUUAGCUCGUGUGUCAUAUGUACAAUUAGUUUAAACUUUUGUUUACUAUGUACUCAUUCAGAUACCUAUCGCAAGGUGUUGGUGUAACAGACCUUGAUUUUUUUCCAAUCAGCCAUUUUUGUUAUACCCUGCUUCCAUUGGUUUGCCACGCAAAUGAUUGACGACCUCUUGAUUUGCCUGAUCGACUUCUGACUUGCUCAUCUAUGAUGGACAAUCCAAAUAUCCAUGUUUCGGAGUCAGUACUUAGCCCUUCUACUUUCUGACUACAUAGUUUGCCCGUCACCUUCAUGUACCUUUUAGUCUCGUCAUGCUCAACCUUG